AUUUUCACGCGGAUGGGGUCCCCGAGAUUAUCUUGAGGAUAAGCACGGGUACUUCUUGGGAAAAGAUUCGGAAACUCGGAGGGCCCCGUUUCUUGAAUCAUGGAAUUGCGUUUGGUAGUUCCAGUUUUGUUUUGGACAUGGUGUGCGAAUGUAGUUUUGGCUCAGUAUUAUGAAGAAGUUGAUGAUAUCGAUGACGUAACGACUUGUCUUUUUGAGGGAGUCCGAUACGUUGACCAAGAAGAAUGGAAACCAGAUGCUUGUACUUCUUGCAGGUGUUACCUAGGGAAUACAGUUUGUGACACAGAAGAAUGUCCAGAUUUGCUAUGUAGGUCUCAAAAAUACAUUCCACUGGGAAAGUGCUGCCCAGUAUGUGCAGAUGAUGAUGCAGUAUUUGGACCCGAAGAAACAGUUAGUCCGAGAUCUUCACCUGAUCAAGUACCAGCCGUGGGAUUACCAGAUUAUUCUGUCGUUCCUGUAGUUGGCCCACCUGGAUACAGCGGUGAGCCAGGUUCACCAGGUUCUCCAGGAGGAAGGGGCACUCCAGGUAGUCCAGGUUCACCUGGAACUCCAGGUGAACCAGGACCACCGGGACCACCAGGUAACCAUGGAUACAGCAAUUGGUUUCAUCAAUUUGCUUUGACCCCAGGAUUUAGUGGUGAUAAAGGACCUGCUCCAGACGCUUUCCAUUUUCUGCAAGCUCAAGUGGGUCCUGUUGGACCGAGAGGUACACCUGGAUCUAUCGGUCAACCAGGCGUUCAAGGUUUUCAAGGAGUCCGGGGUGAAACUGGAGAUACUGGAGCAGCUGGACCCCCAGGAUUACCGGGACCUAGAGGACUGCCAGGUUUACCCGGAAAAGACGGAGAGUCAGGUGAAGAUGGUAGACCCGGACCUCCAGGACCACCAGGACCAGCUGGUGUCAAAGGUCCUCCUGGACUGCCAGGACUUCCAGGAGCCAAGGGUCAUCAGGGUUUUCCAGGAUUAGAUGGCGCUAGAGGAGAGCAAGGAGCACAAGGAGAAAAGGGGAUGCUAGGUGCAGUGGGAAAAAUGGGAACUCCUGGGCCAAUGGGCCCUCCAGGACCAAGAGGAGAAAGAGGAAGAGAAGGCCCUACUGGUCCACCAGGUCUGAGAGGAGUUGAUGGGCUUCCAGGACAACCCGGCCCUACGGGACCGAUUGGACGAUCAGGACCACCAGGGUUUCCUGGAUCACCAGGACCAAAAGGAGAAUCUGGAGCAUUAGGACCUAAAGGCAGCCAAGGAACACCAGGACUUAGAGGAGAAGUUGGAGCUGCUGGAGUGCCUGGAGAGCGUGGCCAAGUAGGACCACCGGGAAAAGAUGGAAUACCCGGAGAAAGAGGAAGUCCUGGAGACAGAGGAGCGAAUGGAAUUCCAGGUUUUCCUGGUACUCGUGGUCCCCCAGGACUUCCCGGUAAUCAAGGAGUAGCUGGACCAAAAGGAACUCAAGGUGAUCGGGGUGAGCCAGGCAUUCGAGGAGAAUCGGGAAGAAAGGGCGAAAUUGGUACCAUAGGACCAAGAGGUCUACCUGGUGUUCCUGGAACUGGAGGAAAACGGGGAAAAGCUGGACCGCCUGGACCUGUUGGCCCAUCUGGAGCUCCUGGGGAAAGAGGGCCAUCUGGACUUCGUGGUUUACCUGGUCCAGAAGGAGCUGCUGGAAUGAAAGGAAUUCCUGGUGACAGAGGAAUGGAAGGUGUUCCUGGACCAAAAGGAAUGCAGGGUGAAGCUGGACGUCAAGGUCCUCAAGGUAUUCAAGGCUUCAUGGGUCCAACAGGUGCUGCUGGUAAUCCUGGAAAAGACGGUACUCCUGGAGAUAGGGGCCUUCCUGGGCUGGAUGGAAAACAAGGACCACCAGGACCACAAGGUGCUCAAGGUGUACCUGGACUGCUUGGACUGCCUGGAAUUAAGGGAGAGAGAGGUGACAGAGGCUCUGACGGAAUUCCUGGUCUUUCUGGCGCACAAGGACGUAAAGGAGAUUCCGGAAAGGAUGGCUUACCAGGAUUGCAAGGAGAAAGAGGUCCCACAGGUGAAACUGGAGCUAAAGGAGAAGCCGGUCCAACAGGUUCAAGAGGAUUUGGGGGAAUUCCUGGACUACCUGGUCCUCCUGGAGCUCCGGGAAAAAACGGUCUAGCUGGCACUCCAGGAACCCCAGGACCAAUGGGUCUUAAGGGCGAAAGAGGAGAGAGAGGUUUCCCUGGUGAAAGAGGCUUGAUUGGACUUCCUGGACCUAUUGGGCUAAGAGGAGAACUUGGGCCACCUGGUAAAGAUGGGGCUCCGGGCCCACCUGGGGAGAGAGGACAAAAAGGAUCAUCUGGACCAUCCGGUUUAGUCGGUCUGCCUGGAAGGAGAGGAGAUUUUGGUCCACUUGGCCCUAAAGGAGAAAGAGGUGAUUCAGGCCCUCAAGGAGCUCCUGGACCUCAAGGUCGACCAGGAGAGCCAGGGCCUAUAGGACUUACUGGUUUACCAGGUCCUCAAGGUGAUCAUGGAGAAAAGGGUGCGCUAGGACAAGUGGGACCACAAGGGAAUCCCGGACCUCAGGGAGUUCAAGGUGAUAAAGGGCCCCAAGGUCCUCAAGGACAACAAGGAUUCCCUGGGCCUGUGGGCUUAACUGGACUUCGAGGCGAAAAAGGCAUUCAAGGCUUAGUUGGAUCUAAGGGAGCGACAGGGGAUACAGGAUUGCAAGGUCCACCAGGGCAAGCUGGUCAGCAGGGUGCUAGAGGACCUCAAGGAGAGAAAGGGCCUAGAGGGAAUGAAGGAAAAAAAGGUCAUGCCGGCUUUCCAGGCACACCAGGUCUACCAGGAAACCCAGGAAUAGCAGGAAAACCAGGUGUUCCAGGCCCCCCAGGAUCCCCAGGUACUCCAGGUGCCAAGGGACCAAAAGGUGACUCUGGACGUAUGGGCGUCCCAGGACCAUCAGGCAAUCCUGGUAUUCCAGGUUUUCCAGGCUCUAAAGGUGAUGUUGGAUCUGAAGGAAGACCUGGACCGCAAGGUCCAGCUGGGCCAAUGGGACCAUCUGGAGAUAAAGGUCCUCCUGGGUUACCUGGUAUUCAAGGACGACAAGGAGCACAGGGGCCUAAAGGACCUCAGGGAGUAAGAGGAUCUGAAGGUAAACCUGGAGCAGAUGGAAAUCCUGGACUGCAAGGACUGACUGGAGCACCAGGACCUAUUGGCCGCCCAGGAGAGCCAGGACCAGAAGGAUCUGUUGGUAAAGAUGGACCUCAAGGAGCUCCUGGCCGAACUGGUGAUAAAGGACCUAGUGGACCACCAGGACCACUUGGCCAACCUGGUUUACCAGGGCUUCAGGGUAUGCCUGGACCUUCAGGACCUCCGGGUGCAUCGGGGGAGAGAGGAGAGCGAGGAGAAAGAGGCUUGGCAGGGCAACCUGGUCCACAAGGACCUCGUGGUUUAGCAGGGCCUAUUGGUCCUGUUGGAGAUAAAGGACCCAAGGGUGACAUUGGACCUACAGGAGAAAAAGGACAUAGGGGUUUACUUGGAUUACAAGGCUUGCCUGGAGCUGUAGGUCUUCCAGGUGAUAAAGGCAUGAUUGGAAAUCCUGGACCACCAGGAAUGAAAGGGCCUCCAGGACCAAAAGGACCUCAGGGAAACCCAGGGAAUCCAGGACCCUCUGGCAUGCUGGGCAUACCCGGACCAAGAGGUUUAACAGGCGAACAUGGCAGAGAUGGUCCGCCUGGACCAGUUGGACCACCUGGACCUCCCGGGCCUCCUGGUUCAGGGUUUCAAUACGAUGCGGCUUCAUUAGCCGCUCUAAUGGCUCAAGGACAAGGUGGAUUUAAGGGAUUUGAUCCUCUCUUAGGAGAUGAUUCAAAUAAUGAAUAUGACAACUUAGAUCUGUCAUCAAAAUCUCCUGCAGAAGCCAAAGAACUUCUCAUUCAACUUUUUACUAAACUUCGCAAGCAAGUUCAACUUAGAAAACCAGAUGGAUCAAAGCAACUUCCAGCAAAAACAUGCAAAGAAUUAAUUGAGGCUCAACCAAAUCUUCCCAGUGGAAAAUAUUGGAUUGAUCCAAACGGCGGUGAAGUGAAUGACGCUAUUGAAGUUUUCUGCAAUAUGGAAACUCAAGAGACAUGUAUUUUACCAGAACCAGAAGAGAUUGCAAAAAGCCGCCAUGUUAUAGGUCGUGGACAAAAAACAUGGUUCAGUGAAAUGGAGUCUGGAUUCACAUUUCAAUAUAAAAUAGACCACGUGCAACUGACUUUCCUACAACUUGUCAGUAACUCAGCUUCACAGACCAUCACUUAUCAUUGCCGAAAUUCUAUAGCAUAUUAUGACAACAAACACAAAUUCCUGAAAAGAGCUAUUAAAUUAAUGGCAUAUAAUGAUCUAGAGCUCACAGCUGAGGGAAAUAAGCGUUUCGUCUACAGCUCUACAUUCGAUGGUUGUAAGGCUCGAUCAAACACCUGGUCAUACACUACAUUUACUUAUAAUACAGACAAUCCUCAAAGACUUCCUGUUAUGGACAUUGCUCCAAGAGAUGUUGGACUGGGAAAUCAAGAAUUUGGCAUUAGCAUUGGAAAAGCAUGCUUCUCAUAAAAUUAAAAGCAACUUCAUUUAAGCCUAAUGAAAGUGUGAUAUGAAAAAAAGUAACAGUUACUUAAAUUAUUUGAGAAAGAGACUAUUUGCUGAAUGUUUUGUUCAUACAAACCCAAUAAUCACAUACAUGAAUGAAUUUCUCUCUCAUCCUUUUAUUACUGAUAUUAACUUAACAUGAGACUUGUCGCACACUGCCAUUUUUCUGUAUUUAUGAUGUUUUUAAUAAAGGCAACAAA